UCUAUUUCACAAUUUAACUGCCGAUAACAGGCAUAUAUUUACAGCGCAGUUUAGCGUCCCUGACCGCCUUUGGAUUCUGCCGACAAUAAAUAAUCUGGAGUCGACGAAAGUUGACUGCCGACACAAAUUGCUUUGUUUAUCACAACUCUAACAUACCUCUUAUCUGAGCGUGAGUAGUACCUUGAAGCCUUCGACAUGGCCGGGGGUACCACUCCGGAAGCUCUGAUCUCGCAAUUCGAGGUCGAGAGACUCCUUAACCAAGACCAGCAUGGUCGUCGCAUUUCUAUUCUAGGUACAAUUUCGGGCAAGCAGGGCAUCCUGACAGCAGAACGGGCCGUGUUCGCUACCGAAUCAGUAGAAGUCCUGCGAGCUUUCCAUGCUGCCAUAUCACGGGUGACAAACUUGGGCGACAAUGACAUUUAUCGCUGGUAUAUGGCAUCGUCUGGUGGUGAUACUGCAAGCGCCCAACCUCCGGAUCUCAAACUCAACCUUAUCUGGCCGUGCACAGAUAAGCACAUUAAGAAGUACUCCGCUCAGCUUGUGCGCAUGGUCACCGAGACCCCAGAGGUCUAUAAAAAUUACGUCAGGCCAUACAUGAGUAGACAACGAGAGGAAGGAAGGCUGAACUGGAUUUUCAACAUCCUAGAAGGAAAAACGGAACAAGAAGACGUGAUCUUGAAGGAGCCAGGCAAUAGUCCUGAAGAUGGCUUCUUGAUGCUCCCGGACCUUAAUUGGGACCGCAAGACCAUUGGAUCGCUUCAUUUACUUGCUUUAGUUCAGAGGCGAGAUAUAUGGAGUUUGCGUGACUUGAGGAAGAGUCACAUUCCUUGGCUACGAUAUUUGAGACAGAGGCUUCUGGACGCUACUGUGGAAAUGUAUCCUGAGCUUGAACAGGACCAGCUGAAACUUUACGUUCAUUAUCAACCAACUUAUUAUCACUUCCACAUUCACAUCGUUAAUGUUAUGCUGGAAGCGGGUUCAACACAAGCCACCGGAAAGGCUUUCGGACUUGAAAACAUUAUCUCUCAACUGGAAACACUUGCUGGGGGGGAUGAUGCCAGCAUGGCCGAUGUUAGUUUGACUUACUUCCUUGGGGAAGCAAAUGAACUAUGGACAACUAUUUUUGAGCCGUUGAAGCGUGGGGAGAAGCCCGUGGUGCAAUAGACAUUACACAUUUGUUCAUAUCCUUAGAAGUUAUGACACAAAAAGAGACGGGGCCUGCAAGAUUGAUUCAUGUGUUUAGACUCGUGAUGAAGGAUAUCGAACUACUCAAGAGGUCCUAAUCAAGUCAGAUAUGGUUUACUCCUCCUAGUUCCACAUAGCUCAUUAUGUUUUCUAUCAUUUUACGAGGUAACCAUUUUCUCCAAUGCGCUGUAUA